AUGGCAAUGUUGCCUCCCCCAGGUCCUCAGAGCUUUGUCUACUUCACAAAACAGUCUCUUGCCCUCAUUGAACAACGUAUUGCAGAAGGAAAAACAAAGGAACCCCAAGAAGAAAAGAAAGACGAUAAUGAAAAUGGCCCAAAGCCAAGCAGUGACUUGGAAGCCGGCAAACAGCUGCCCUUCAUCUAUGGGGACAUCCCCCCAGGCAUGGUGUCAGAGCCCCUAGAGGACCUGGAUCCCUACUACGCAGACAAAAAAACUUUCAUAGUCUUGAACAAAGGGAAAGCAAUCUUCCGUUUCAAUGCCACACCUGCUUUGUACGUGCUCUCUCCCUUCAGUCCUCUAAGAAGAAUAUCUAUUAAGAUUUUAGUGCAUUCUUUAUUCGGCAUGCUUAUCAUGUGCACUAUUCUGACGAACUGCAUAUUUAUGACCUUGAGCAACCCUCCAGAAUGGACCAAGAAUGUAGAGUACACUUUUACUGGGAUAUACACUUUUGAAUCACUUAUAAAAAUCCUUGCAAGAGGCUUCUGUGUGGGACAAUUCACUUUCCUUCGUGACCCAUGGAACUGGCUGGAUUUUAUCGUCAUUGUUUUUGCGUAUUUAACAGAAUUUGUAAACCUAGGCAAUGUUUCAGCUCUUCGAACUUUCAGAGUGUUGAGAGCUUUGAAAACUAUUUCUGUAAUUCCAGGCCUGAAGACCAUCGUGGGGGCCCUGAUCCAGUCAGUGAAGAAGCUCUCAGAUGUCAUGAUCCUGACUGUGUUCUGUCUGAGUGUGUUUGCGCUGAUUGGGCUGCAGCUCUUCAUGGGCAACCUGAAGAACAAGUGUGUGCGGACUUCACUUAUAAGUAACGAAACAGCAAACAUAUUGGAUAACCUUGAUGAAGAACACUAUAGAGAGUAUUUUUAUUACCUGGAGGGAUCGAAAGAUGCUCUCUUGUGUGGUUCCAGCUCAGACGCAGGUCAGUGUCCAGAAGGGUACCAUUGUCAGAAAGGAGGCAGGAACCCAGACUAUGGCUACACGAGCUUUGAUAAUUUUGGCUGGGCCUUCUUAGCCUUGUUUAGACUAAUGACCCAGGAUUACUGGGAAAACCUUUAUCAACAGACACUGCGUGUUGCUGGGAAAACCUACAUGAUCUUCUUUGUCGUGGUGAUUUUCCUGGGCUCCUUUUAUCUAAUAAACUUGAUCCUGGCUGUGGUUGCCAUGGCCUAUGAAGAACAGAACCAGGCAAACAUCGAAGAAGCUAGGCAGAAAGAUUUUGAAUUGCAACAGUUAUUAGAUCGACUUAAAAAAGAGCAAGAAGAAGCUGAGGCAAUAGCAAUGGUAGCAGCCGAAUAUACAAGUAACAGGAGAAGCCAGAUUAUGGGCCUCUCCGAGAGUUCUUCUGAAACAUCUAAACUGAGUUCUAAAAGUGCCAAAGAAAGAAGAAACAGAAGAAAGAAAAAGAAUCAAAAGAAGCUCUCCAGUGGGGAAGAAAAGGGAGAUGAUGAGAAAUUGUCCAAAUCCGGAUCAGAAGAGAGUAUCAGGAGAAAAAGUUUCCACCUUGGUGCUGAAGGUCACAGGCGAGCACGCGAAAAGCGAUUGUCUACCCCUAAUCAGUCACCACUCAGCGUUCGUAGCUCCUUGUUUCCUCAAAGGCGCAGCAGCAGAACAAGUCUUUUCAGUUUCAUAGGUCGAGGAAAAGAUGUUGGAUCUGAGACUGAAUUUGCCGACGAUGAGCACAGCAUUUUCGGAGACAAUGAGAGCAGAAGGGGCUCACUCUUCGUGCCCUACAGACCUCGGGAGCGGAGCAGCAGUAACAUCAGUCAAGCCAGUAGGUCCCCCCCAGUGCUGCCGGUGAACGGGAAGAUGCACAGUGCCGUGGACUGCAAUGGUGUGGUCUCCCUGGUUGAUGGACCCUCAGCCCUCAUGCUCCCCAAUGGACAACUUCUGCCAGAGGUGAUAAUAGAUAAGGCAACUUCUGAUGACAGCGGUGCAACCAGUCAAAUACCCAAAAAGCGACAUUCCAGUUCUUUUCUGUUUCCUGAAGAUAUGCUGAAUGAUCCCCAUGUCAGACAAAGAGCAAUGAGUAGAGCAAGCAUACUGACAAACACCGUAGAAGAACUUGAAGAGUCCAGACAAAAAUGUCCGCCUUGGUGGUACAGAUUUGCACACACAUUCCUGAUCUGGAAUUGCUCUCCAUUUUGGAUAAAAUUUAAAAAGCUUAUGUAUAUUAUUGUAAUGGAUCCUUUUGUAGAUCUUGCUAUUACCAUUUGCAUAGUUUUAAACACACUGUUUAUGGCUAUGGAACAUCAUCCAAUGACUACUGAAUUCAAAACUGUGCUCACUGUGGGAAAUUUGGUCUUUACUGGGAUUUUUGCAGCUGAAAUGGUUUUAAAAUUAAUUGCCAUGGAUCCAUAUAACUAUUUCCAAGUAGGAUGGAAUAUCUUUGACAGCCUUAUUGUGACUUUAAGUUUAGUGGAGCUUUUUCUAUCAGAAGUAGACGGAUUAUCAGUUCUCCGAUCAUUCAGACUGCUCCGAGUUUUCAAAUUGGCAAAAUCCUGGCCCACCCUGAACAUGCUGAUUAAGAUCAUCGGCAAUUCCGUGGGGGCCCUGGGAAACCUCACCUUGGUGCUGGCCAUCAUCGUCUUCAUUUUUGCCGUGGUCGGCAUGCAGCUCUUCGGUAAAAGCUACAAAGAUUGUGUCUGCAAGAUUGACAGCGACUGUAAGCUCCCGCGUUGGCACAUGAAUGACUUCUUCCACUCCUUCCUGAUUGUGUUCCGCGUGCUGUGUGGAGAGUGGAUAGAGACCAUGUGGGACUGCAUGGAGGUCGCUGGCCAACCCAUGUGCCUUAUCGUUUACAUGAUGGUCAUGGUCAUUGGAAACCUCGUGGUCCUCAACCUAUUUCUGGCUUUAUUACUGAGCUCAUUUAGUUCAGACAACCUUACAGCCAAUGAAGAAGAAACUGAUGUAAACAAUCUCCAGAUUGCAGUGGCCAGAAUAAAGAAGGGAAUAAAUUAUGUGAAACAAACCUUACGUGAAUUUAUUCUAAAAGCAUUUGCCAAAAAGCCAAAGAUUUCCAAAGAGAUAAGACAAGCAGAAGAUCUAAAUAGUAAGAAGGAAAACUAUAUCUCUAACCGUACACUUGCUGAAUUGUGCAAGGAUCACAAUUUCCACAAGGAAAAAGAUAAACCUGGUGGCUUUGGAAGGAAUGUGGACAAAUACUUGAUGGAAGAAAGUGAUUACCAGUCUUUUAUUCACAAUCCCAGCCUCACAGUGACUGUGCCAAUUGCACCUGGGGAAUCUGAUUUGGAAAACAUGAACAUGGAGGAACUUAGCAGUGAUUCAGAUAGUGAAUACAGCAAAGGGAGACUGAACCCAUCAAGUUCCUCUGAGUGCAGCACAGUUGAUAACCCUCUGCCAGGAGAAGAAGAAGCCGAGGCUGAAACUAUAAAUGCAGAUGAGCCAGAGGCCUGUUUUACAGAUGGUUGUGUACGGAGAUUCCCUUGCUGCCAAGUUAACAUAAACUCAGGGAAAGGAAGAAUCUGGUGGAACAUCAGGAUAACAUGCUACAGGAUAGUUGAACACAGUUGGUUUGAAAGCUUUAUUGUUCUCAUGAUCCUGCUCAGCAGUGGUGCUCUGGCUUUUGAAGACAUAUAUAUAGAAAAUAAAAAGACCAUUAGGACUAUUCUGGAUUAUGCUGAUAAGAUAUUCACUUAUGUCUUCAUUCUGGAAAUGCUUCUGAAAUGGGUAGCUUAUGGUUAUAAAACGUAUUUCACCAAUGCCUGGUGUUGGCUGGACUUCUUAAUUGUUGAUGUCUCUUUGGUUACUUUAGUUGCAAGCCUUCUUCAGUACUCAGAAUUUGGCGCCAUUAAGUCCCUUCGGACCCUUAGAGCUUUAAGACCUCUAAGAGCUUUAUCUAGAUUUGAAGGAAUGAGGGUGGUCGUGAAUGCACUCAUAGGUGCAAUUCCCUCCAUCAUGAAUGUGCUACUUGUGUGUCUUAUAUUCUGGCUAAUAUUUAGCAUCAUGGGAGUGAAUUUGUUUGCGGGCAAGUUCUAUGAGUGUGUUAACAUGACAAAUGAGUCACGGUUUCCUACAAGUCAAGUUCAGAAUUUUUCCCAGUGUUUAGCACUGAUGAAUGUUAGUGAAAAUGUGCAAUGGAAAAACCUGAAGGUGAACUUUGAUAAUGUUGGACUCGGUUACCUGUCCUUGCUUCAAGUUGCAACAUUUAAGGGAUGGAUGACUAUUAUGUAUGCAGCUGUUGAUUCUGUUAAUGUAAACAAGCAACCCAUGUAUGAAUACAACCUCUACAUGUAUAUUUAUUUUGUCAUCUUUAUCAUCUUUGGGUCAUUCUUCACUCUGAACUUGUUCAUUGGUGUCAUCAUAGAUAAUUUCAACCAACAGAAAAAAAAGCUUGGAGGUCAAGACAUCUUUAUGACAGAAGAACAGAAGAAAUAUUAUAAUGCAAUGAAAAAGCUGGGAUCUAAGAAACCACAAAAGCCAAUACCUCGGCCAGGGAACAAAUUCCAAGGAUGUAUAUUUGACCUAGUAACAAACCAAGCUUUUGAUAUCACCAUUAUGGUUCUUAUCUGCCUCAACAUGAUAACCAUGAUGGUAGAAAAUGAGAAUCAAAGUAAAUACAUGACUACUGUCUUAUAUUGGAUAAAUGUGGGUUUUAUUAUCCUUUUCACUGGAGAAUGUGUGCUGAAACUGAUCUCUCUCAGACACUACUACUUCACCGUAGGAUGGAACAUUUUUGAUUUUGUGAUCGUGAUUAUCUCCAUUGUUGGUAUGUUUCUGACUGAGCUGAUAGAAAAAUAUUUCGUGUCCCCGACCCUGUUCCGAGUGAUCCGUCUUGCCAGGAUUGGCCGAAUCCUACGGCUGAUCAAAGGGGCCAAGGGGAUCCGCACGCUGCUCUUUGCCCUGAUGAUGUCCCUUCCUGCGUUGUUUAACAUCGGCCUCCUGCUCUUCCUGGUCAUGUUCAUCUACGCCAUCUUUGGAAUGUCCAACUUUGCCUACGUUAAAAAGGAAGCUGGAAUUGACGACAUGUUCAACUUUGAAACUUUUGGCAACAGCAUGAUCUGCCUGUUCCAGAUUACCACCUCUGCUGGCUGGGACGGGUUGCUAGCACCUAUUCUUAAUAGCGGACCUCCUGACUGUGACCCUGAAAAAGAUCACCCUGGAAGCUCAGUUAAAGGGGACUGUGGGAGCCCCUCUGUUGGGAUUUUCUAUUUUGUCAGUUACAUCAUCAUAUCCUUUCUGGUUGUGGUGAAUAUGUACAUCGCUGUCAUCCUGGAGAACUUCAGCGUUGCUACUGAGGAAAGUACUGAACCCCUGAGUGAGGACGACUUUGAGAUGUUCUACAAGGUUUGGGAGAAGUUUGAUCCCGAUGCCACCCAGUUUAUAGAAUAUAGAAAACUCUCUGAUUUUGCAGCUGCCCUGGAUCCUCCUCUUCUCUUAGCAAAACCAAACAAAGUCCAGCUCAUUGCCAUGGAUCUGCCCAUGGUCAAUGGUGACCGGAUCCAUUGUCUUGACAUCUUAUUUGCUUUUACAAAACGUGUUUUGGGUGAAGGCGGAGAGAUGGACUCUCUUCGUACACAGAUGGAAGAAAGGUUCAUGUCAGCAAAUCCUUCUAAAGCAUCCUAUGAACCUAUCACAACUACACUAAAACGAAAACAAGAGGAUGUGUCUGCUACUGUUAUUCAGCGUGCUUACAGACGUCACCGCUUAAGGCAAAAUGUCAAAAAUAUAUCAAGUAUAUACAUAAAAGAUGGAGACAGAGAUGAUGAUUUGCCCCAUAAAGAGGAUAUGGUUUUGGAUAACGUUAAUGAGAACUCAAGUCCAGAAAAAACAGAUGCAACCUCCUCAACCACCUUUCCACCUUCAUAUGAUAGUGUAACAAAACCAGACAAAGAGAAAUAUGAAAAAGACAAAACAGAAAAGGAAGACAAAGGAAAGGAUGGCAAGGAAAGCAAAAUAUAG